ACAUGGCCGGAACAACGUCGACAGGGAAGAGGCUCGUCCGCUCGAAAUCAGGAUUGAGAAUCAUACCUCUGAAUGAUUGUGACAGGAGUCCAUUUGAACUGUCAGAACCAGAAUGGAUACCCGAUAAGUUGAGUCCCACAUGCAUGGAUUGCAAGGAGAAGUUUGACUUUAUAAAGAGAAGGCACCACUGCCGACGCUGUGGUCGAGUGUGCUGCGGCUCCUGCUGCGACACUCGUAUGGCCUUGCCUAGAAUGUGCUUCCUUGACCCAGUGAGGAUGUGUUCGCCAUGUGCUGAGACAACAACAAGAGAAAACCACUUUUACAACAAAGACCUCAAGACUCUUAUUACUGGGGCCAUACUGUGCCUAGCAACAGACACUGCAUCGGACUUGGUGCAGUGCCGCCUCUCCCCUGACCAUCGGUUCUUCAUUGUCUCCGGUCCCUUCAAUGAUUCUGCACCGCCUCUGUCCAUCCCGAUGCACCGAAUGACUGGGCUCCAAGUGAACAAUAGAGACCAGAAUACACCUGGGAGUUGCCUGGUGUCAGCUCUCAUGGUACAUUACCACUUAGCAGGAGAAGAUGAGAAGGAGGUCAGCCUGGCUGCUCCUCCAGAUGCCACUUCUUCAGCUUAUGCCUUCUUGACCGCACUGGAGAAGGCCAUGUUCAUGAUGCAGGAAUCAAGGGCAGUUCUUGGUACUGGAGAGUGAAUGAAAACUUCUUGG